UAAGUUUAUACUCCAACGACAUUUAUUAUUGACGACGCCUGACACGACGGCAGAAACUGUAAGGCUGUCGACGACGCAUGAUUCAAUGCCGAACUGGCCGCGGCAGCAGUCAUGUCGUCUUCUUCAAAUAAUGCCCGAAGCUCAAAUACACAUGGCGAACGGCGCAUGACGGUGCCCCACCUACCCAGCAGUGCCAGGCCGAGAGCAAUGUCUGGCCGUGACAUUGACAAUGACGACGACAACGACGAGUGGGAUGCGCCUGCGCUGCGCAAACCGAGGUCGCCAAAGGGUAGUACGUCGCCGAGACGGGCAGUGUCCGGUCCGUAUAGAUCGGUCGACGGAGGAAGUAAUUCCUCCCGAGAACGGCGCGCAGAAAGAAUAAAUGUCUUCAAGAAGGAAAGCCUGAUCAUGCGGACGCGAAGCCCUGUCAAAAGCUUUGACGAUGCGUCCUAUCGACCGGACAAGAAAAGGGAAAAAGACAGGAGCAGGCCGGGGACAAGUCAUCGAGCAGCUCCAAAUAGUUUUGGUGCUGGGAAAAGGGAUUAUGAGGGAUCGCAAGAUCCUUGGAAUCCGCAGGUCUCACUCAUACCACAUACAACCGCUCCUUUAGCGCCUCGAAUAACCAUUGCUCCUCUUGCCUCCGAUGCGCCUCAGUCAUUGCAGCCACCACAUCUGAACCAACUCUCUCUUGCGGCGCAAGAAAGCGCCAUGCUAGAGGACCUCACUUUUGUUUUCAUGGGUUUCGAAGGACAGUAUAUUCGCUUCGCCAACAACUAUAAUCCUUCCGAAGAUAAGGAUCGCUUGGCCGGUCCAGAAUUUCGAAUAUUGUCGGGACUGGACCCGUCGCUACGGGACUUGACGACUACAAUGUUAAAGAUGGCAACACAUUAUUCCGCCAUCGAAGCCUUCGUGGAUGUGCAGAGCAGAGAGGAGUUUGGCGCUGUCAACCAUGCUUUAUGUGCGGCUAUUCGAAAGAUUUUGAAAGAUUACCUGAUUCUCGUGGCGCAGAUAGAGCAUCAAAUUUUCACAAACCAGAAUUUCACACUCCAUCAGCUCCAUCUAUAUGUCCUACCAACAAGCCGUGUGCUUUCUGAGCUCUACUCUGUCGCACAUGAGAUACUGCGAAAGAACUCCCUUCUAGAAGAAGAUCUAGAAGACUCAAGCGACGAGUUUGAUGAUGUUGAGAGGGUUCUUGAGUCCUUGCGAGAAGGAGGGGACCUAGGUCCUGGGAAUAUACCGGGAAAGAAGAUAUGCAAAGGAGGCGGUGUGUUAGGCCUUUUGACGAAGCGGCUUGCCUCCAUGUCGGGAGACCCCGCGGCACGCGAUCUGCUGACGACUCUGCUGAGGGAGGCAAGCCGCCCGUAUAUGGAUAUGCUCAAUGAAUGGCUACACCGUGGCGGCAUCCGAGAUCCCCACGGAGAGUUUCUAAUUCGCGAGCAAAAGAGCAUACGUCGAGAGAAACUCGAGGAAGAUUAUACAGAUGAGUAUUGGGAAAAGCGAUACACAAUCCGCGAGCAGGACAUUCCUCCACAAUUAGAGAGUGCCAAGGAAAAGGUGCUACUGGCAGGGAAAUACCUGAACGUGGUAAGAGAAUGCGGCGGGGUAGACAUUAGCAAGGAAGUCAAAGACAUUCCAAAAACGUUUGAUGACCCAAGGUUUCUCGAAAACGUCAAUGCCGCAUACGCCUAUGCCAACGCUUCCCUACUCAACCUGCUCCUAACGACCCACGCUCUUCCAGCCCGCCUGCGCUCUCUAAAGCACUACUUCUUCCUCGACCGAUCCGAUUUCUUCUCUUACUUCCUCGAACUGGGCGCAUCGGAGCUCAAAAAGCCCGCAAGGGGCGUCAACGUCGGCAAACUCCAGUCAUUGCUAGAUCUCGUACUCCGCCAACCAGGCAGCGUGGCCGCGCAGGAUCCAUUCAAAGAGGAUGUCAAAGUGCAAAUGAACGAGGUCUCUCUGACGAAAUGGCUCAUGCGCGUCGUCAGCGUGUCCGGCAUCGAUCAAGACGCUCCCGGUGGCGGACUCGACAGUUACCAAGCCCCCGCGGCGCUCUCUGCCGACGAAGACAAGAACAAUACCGGAUUCAGCGCUCUCGAACUCGAUUACUCUGUGCCCUUUCCCCUAUCACUUGUCAUCAGUCGCAAGACCGUCCUACGCUACCAGCUUCUUUUUCGCUAUCUCCUUUCCCUUCGCCACUUAGAAGCACUACUAGUCAAUUGCUGGAUCGACCAUAACAUGGAUCGCAGCUGGAAACAUAAAAGCUCGAAUCCCCGACUCGAGCGAUGGAAGAGACGUGCCUGGACCCUCCGCGCGAGAAUGCUCGUCUUCGUCCAGCAAUUAUUGUACUUUAGUACCGCCGAGGUCAUUGAGCCGAAUUGGCAGAGCCUCAUGGCUCGACUAGACGACGGCAGAGAGCCUGGAUCUGCGUCGACGUUUGGCAGCAACGGUAAUACCGGCAGCCGUAAUGGCGCCGCUCUAGUCAAACAGCCCACGCGCACCGUAGACGAGCUGAUGCAGGAUCAUGUUGAUUUCUUGGAUACGUGCUUGAAGGAGUGCAUGCUCACAAACUCUAAACUCUUAAAGAUCCACUCCAAAGUCAUGACCACAUGCACCAUGUUUGCCACUUACACCGCCUAUCUCUCGCGCAGCCUCGUCAGCGCCGACCCAGAUCUCUGCGCCGGUUCUUCUCCCGCCCUCUCUUCUUCGUCCUCCAGGCCCGGAUCAUCCGCCGCUCAUUCUCAUGCCAAUAAUAAUAACAACAACACAAACGCCAACCUCAAUGCCAAUAACGCGCCAACAUAUGAUCCACACCGCAUCGACAAGCUCAUGGAUAUUCUCGUCAAGUACGAAGACAACUUUAGUCGCCAUUUGAAGAUCCUUUUGGACGCGCUCAACUACUAUGCUGCCACCGAGACGGUGGUCCUUCUCGGGUUAUGUGCGCGGCUUAGUGCCGCGACGGAUGGUGGCGGGGCCAGUGCGACGUAACGUCUGUCCUUCGUUAUCUUGUUCGUGUUCUUCCUUGAUGUUUCUGUUUUCUUCUCCAACUUCUUCUGUGCAUGGAUUAGCACAAUUGGUAAAGUUUACAAAGAAUUGCAUGUCACGCUGGCCGAGAUAGGGGUUUUCUUUUCUUUUUUUCUUCUUUUUUUCCCCGCGUUUAUUUUAUUUGCAUGUAUAU